CGCGUCAGUCCCAGCGGGCGUCGCCGGAGGUGCGCCGACGUCCAGCCGCGGUGCAGCGCCGACGCCGGCCCGAGGCCCGGGAGCAGCGCGCGGCUCGUCCCGUUACGCAACCGCGGGGCGGGCGCAACUGGGUCGGGCGCCGCGAGCGACAUGCGAGCGCGAUCGCCGCGCCCGUCGGCCGAGCAGUGCGCGCGCGCGAGUGCGAUGCGCCGCGUCGACGCGCCGUGCGGGGCCUCGACAUGAAGAAGAUGCACCAUCUCUAUCCGACGUCGACCGGCGACCCGCUCUGCCCGGUCGGCUUUCACCCGCAGGUGCGCUGGCCGACGAGGUGCAAGCGAUGCUUCAGAGCCUUCAACGAUCACAAAGAGCACGGCGGCAAAAAGAUCACGAAGGAUGCAACUUCAUCGUCGCCAAGUCUCUCGGUAUGGGAACCGAGCUCCGGAAGAUUUUCGAGUGGUCGUCGUCGUCGUCGUCGUCGUCGGCGCCGCGGCCUGCCGCGCCUCCACUUUUCCGAUCGACCGAACCGAGCGCUCGCGGCAGCAGGUCGUCCGACAGCUCGGAGUCGCGGAGGAGCUGGUCGUCCACGUCGAACCUGGCCAAGGACGAGGCGUCGAGCGGCUACGAGACCCGCGCGGAGAGCUGGUCGUCGGCCAUGGACCUGUCGAGCAUGAGCCUGAGCGACCUGCGCAGCGCCGAGCCCGAGGCCGUGACCACGGUCACGAUGAAGCCGCCCAGGCCGAAGACUUACGCGGGCUCGACCUCGGACAGCCUCGGUUACCGACGCUACUCCGUCGACGAGAGCGCCGCCGAUCGGCACGCUGCCUCGCCCAGACCGGCGCAGCACAAGCUGCAGAUCAAAGGCGUGAUCGACAAGUCGAACGGGACCAGCUCGGACAACGACGCCGAAUUUAUCAUUCAGGUAAGGAAAUCGCGAAUCAUCGAGCGAAACGGAGCGAAAACCGACUCGACUGAAAAAGAGACGGAAAAGACCGAAAAAGCGGCCGACGCGGACAAGCUGAGGACGCAGCUGAGCGACAUGCGGUCGAGGUGCGAGAGGCUCGAGAAGGAGAAGGCCGACAUCCUGCUCCGCCGGCUGUCGACGAUGGACCCCAAGUCCUCGGGCACCGACGUGCUCAAGCUGCAGAAGAGCGUGAAGGAGCUGCAGGCCAAGAACGACGCGCUCGCGGAGGAGCGCGCCAGCUUGGCGGCCCGAGCGAGGAGCCUGGAGCGCGAGCUCAAGCUCAAGGCGCACAAGGGCGAGCGCGAGCGCCAGGGCGACGAGCUGCGCUCCAAGCUCAAGGCCGCGGAGGCGCUGUGCGAGAGCCUCAUGGACGAGAACGAGGACAUGAAGAAGGAGAUACGCGAGCUCGAGGAGGAGAUAUACGAGAUGCAGGACAACUUCAGGGAGGAGCAGGCCGACGAGUACACCACCAUCAGGAAGAAUCUCGAGCAGUCCAACAAGAACUGCCGCAUACUGUCGUUCAAGCUGAGGAAAGUGGAGCGCAAGGCCGAGCAGCUCGAGGCCGACAAGUCCGACGUGGAGAAGAAGUACGAGCAAGUGAAAAGGCUGGAGGACAUCCUCAAGAAGGUCGGCACGGAGUACAAGAACCGCUCGCAGAGGAAGCCCACGGAGUACGCGCAGAAGAUGCAGAUAAAGAAGUUGGUGGACGGCAUGGAGAAGGACAUAGGGGACGUGAUUAAUGUGAUGGUGGGCAUGAUGGACGAGCGCGAUUUCGGCAUUCCGCAAACGGCCGGCCUUAAGUACGACAAAUUGACGAAGGAGCACGAGCUGCUCAAGGAAAAACUGGACAAGACGCUUAAGGAGCUGGCCCAGGAGAGGGAGAGCCGAGAGAAGGAGAGCAAGAAGAGCAAGGCGCCCGCCACCGUGGACGGCAGCGCCAGGAGCGACGAUUCGGCCAGCCUGAAGAAGCGUCUGGAGGAGAGUCAAGCGUCGCGCGAGUCGGAGCGCAAGUCGUGGGACGCGGAGAAGGUCAAGCUCCAGGAGGAAAAAGAGAAGCUCAAGUCGAAAUUGCUCUCGCUGUCGGCCGAUAAACUCAAGGUCUACAACGAAGUCGUCCAACUGAAAAAGGAUCUUGAAACGGCAACGUCCUCUAAGAAGGACACACAACGUAUGGAGACGACCCUUGAGAACCUCAGGAAGGAGCUGGCUCAGGAAAGAGAACGUGCCAAGAAGCUGCAGGACGAUGUCAAUGCGCUCAACGAUAAGGAGACCAAACUCAAUAGGACGUUAACGGCGGUCGAAACAGCGAAGAUCCAAAUGGAAAACGACUUGAAAGCGACGAAAAUGGAAUUGGAAAAUAUGAAAAAUUCAACAACGUCGAAGCUGGCGGAAGUGACGUCGGAAUUGGCGACGCUGAAGAAGGAUAAGGAGAAAUUGAAAGGUCAAUUGGAGAAGGAGAAGCAGAGCAAGGACGCGGAAGUGGCCGCGCUGAAGAAGAAGAAUUUAGCGUUGGAAAAGGCGGGUCUGAAUUCCAAGAAGCUGGACGAUUUGAAGCAGAGUUACGAUGAGAAAAUUGCAAAUCUUGAGAACGAGGUGAAAAGGCAAACUCGUCAGUAUGACGAGCAGAGCAACAGGCACGAGAAACUCGCCGAGGCGAAAGUCCAGCUCGAGAAGGAAAACCAGCUGUUGAAAGGACAAGCAAUCGACCACAAGCAGGACUACAUAGCACUGCAAGCGGAACUGCAGGAGGUACGACAGUCCCGCAAAACCAAGGAGGCCGAGUGGGCGACACAGAAGGCUAAACUCGAGGAGCAAUUGCGCGAGCGCGAGAGGACGAGCGGCGGCGCGUCGCAAGACGACCUGCACGAGGAAAAUCUCCGGCUCAGGAAGGAAAGCGGCUCGCUCGCGCAGCAGAUCGACGCCCUCAAGAAAGUCAACGACGACCUAAGCAGCAAACUCCAAGACUACACGCACGUAGCGAAAAUCCAACGCAACUUGUCGGCAGACACGUCAGUUUUAGAAUCAGAACUACGCAAAUCCAAAGUGGCACUGGAAACCGCAGAGAGAACGCGGAAAGCCGAGCUGGCGCAAUGUAAAAUGCGUUACGAGCAGCGUGUCAGCGCCAUCACCGAUGAAAUUAAGUCCAUUCAAACCCAGCUGACGAGGUAUAAACGCGAGCGCGACACUUACAAACAGAUGCUGGAAGGCGCGCAGAAAACUAUCACGGAACUGAAGAGCAGACCGAGGAGGCCGUCGACCACGUCCACUGGAAAGUCCACGGACGAGGACGAAGAGACGUCGAGCGCGAGCCGCGCGCAGCUAGAGAAGCAACUGGUAACGUUGGAGGACGAGCUGUCGGAAGCCAAGCUCGAGGCGUCGAAAUUGAAGACCGAACUCGUGUCGGAGAAGUCAGCGUGGGAAGUCAAACUCUCGGAAAUGCAGUCUCGCGUCAACGAGUUGGAGGAAGAGAGACUUCUGUCCAGCGGUCGCACGAAAAUACCGGGUCUCAAAGUUCGCAUGGAGUUGGCGUGGCAGAAAGAGCGCGAAGACCAGCAACGACUGCUGCAGGAAACCGCGACGCUCGCCCGCGAUCUUCGCCAGACUCUCUUCGAGGUCGAAAGAGAACGCGACAAGGAGCGCCUGGAGAACAAGAGGAAGCAGGACCAGCUGAAGAAAACGUUCGACGAGGAGAAGGAAGAAAACAAGAAGAAACUCGUGGAGUUGCAGUGCGACCUGCUGGAGCUGCGGGACGCCCACGCGAAGCUGCGCACGAGCAACGAGAAGAUGCGCCGCGAGAAGGAGCGCCACGAGCGCGAGCGCGAGGAGCUGCGCGGGCUGCUGGCGAGCAAGCGGCGCCUCGAGCAGACCGAGGCGCGUAACCUGAACGCGCUGCUGCAGCAGGUGGACGACCUGGUCAGGCUGCUCCCCGAGGCAGCCAACGGGGCCGACGGCCCGCCGGAGGCCUACGCCACGCCCACGCCGCCCAGGAGAUUCAAGGGCCCGAAGUCGCGGGAGUCGUCGCCGAUGCUGGACUCGCGGGAGGAGAGCAGAGCCUCGUCGCUCGUGCCCACCGGCAGGACCGAGAAGCUGGAGUACAGCAUCAAGCGGCUGAUGGAGGUGGCCAAGGAGCUGCAGGAGUCCAAGAGGUCGGCGGACGAGGACGCGGCGAGGGCCAAGAAGCUGGGAAAGCGCUCCUCGUCGAUCGACGGCGACCGCGGCAAAGUCACGGCGCCAACCCGCUCCAAGCCGGCCCUCAAGAGGAAGAGCCUGUCGCUCGAGCAGACCAUCGGCAGGCCCGAGCAGUCGAUCUGGGGCAACAACAGCAACGUGUCCAGCGUGACGUCGCUCAACGGCUCCGAGGUCGACGCGCGGCACUUCGGUCUGCAGCGUGACUCCAGCAUCGAGAGUCAUCUUUCAACGGAGUCCACGCAAAGCGAGAUCCUGCGUCACGAAAAGAAACACGGCAAAGGCAUCAUUCGCAAAAUCACUAAAAGCCUCACUAAAUCCGCGAGCGUAGACGAUCCCAAUAGUUCGUUCGAAUCUUCUCUUCAGACCUCGGGGUCCGAGGUGAGCAUCACCGAUGCAAUGAAGAAGGAGAAGAAGAACCUGAAGAAAAAAUUGACCAGUAUGUUUAAGCGCGGAUCUAAAAAUAAUGGGUUAGACAAAAAAGCAGAUUCGAAGGAAUCGGUGAGGCCUUCUUCGAGGACGUCGACGGCAUCGGCGCGUCCUUGAGACUAGCUACUUAUCGUGUUUUUUUAUCCCUCGCUCAUCAGUUUUUUUAAUUCGUAAGAGUAAAGGCCGCGAAUCAUUACCAGUUGGGCAUUUCUUUUACAUACGCGCAUCUUUGCAACCUGUACAUACCUUCGCUUCAGCCGGAAAAUGUUUAUUCAAGAGUCAAUUCUGGAAGUAGAUUGUACUUGCAGCAGGCUUAUUUCUUAAUUUUUAGUUAUCGCGAUACAAAGGAACGCAAAAAUUAGCCUCCUUCAUCUAUUAAACAUUUAUCAUAAACGAUUUUUCAGUGGUAAUGUCAAUGUGAUGAUGUACUUUAUAUUUGAGCCUCGUUUGAAAUUACUUAAAACUUUAAAUAAAAUUGGAAAAAAACAUCUGCAAUCGACAACAUUUUCAUGAAUUUCAGUUAGAUCGUUGCUUUGUAAAUAUACUUCGUUA